AUAAUUAUUGCCAUUAUAUGGCCCACAUAAAUGUAUCUAGAGGGCUAAGGCGUCCUCUUCGAAAGUUACUCGGGUGUCCGACUGUGUACUCGAGAACUAGUAGCCAGAUUUUAAAUCCGCUAUCUCCUUUACAAAACACACAGGUGUUAUGUAACUUUUUGAUCCAGUCAAUAUUUUCUGCUAUUGUCUGUGCAUACUGAAGAGAAACGAAUGGUUUAUCUACCAGACAAUGGGAUGAGACAGAAAGAAAGUGACUUCAUUGUAGGUGUUUGGAGGACAGGCUCUUGACUUGUCUAAAGUAUCGACAACGGUGACUAACGAAGAGCUAUUAAAUUUGGAUUAAAAGGAAAGGUAGACGCGUAUUUGGUACACUUGGGGGAAACUUCGACAUGUUCGUGUUGAAACGUUCCAUGCUGACUUAGCAUAUAACGGUGAAACAUUACAAAUUAGCAUUGGAUUGCUGUAAAUGAAGGAUUAUCAAUGUCUAAAAUUUGUUGUGCUAGCUAUUCUUUCUCUGUAUCAAUAAAUACAUGGAGAACUCUUAGUAACGUCCAACUCGGAACAAACUACUUUCCAUUUCUGUGACUUUUUAUCACCAAUCGUCUCAAAACAUGGAUAAAAUGACUGGGAUUUACUCCAUAGGACUAUUAGCAGUUUUAUUCGUAAGUUUGGUGGAUGGUGAAAUCACUAGGAAUAGGAAUGAUCAGAACAUUGGGAAGUAUAUUGUCGGCACACCACUUGUUUUUGCCUUGAAUACGAGUUAUAAAAUAUAUGAUGGAUUUAGUUCGCGCGUCUUGGAUAGAAAAGAUUGGCAUUCAGGGGAGUCAAGAGACGAUGCCGAUGGUGAUGACGAGAGUCAACAUCGCAGAAAGAGAUCGACGUCGUUUUCUGCAGACGAGAUCCAAGGAAUCCUGGACAGGCAUAAUCUUCUUAGAGGACAGGUUUCACCUGAAGCCUCCAAUAUGGAAUUCAUGAUAUGGGAUGACGACUUAGCCUCCAUGGCCCAGGAUUGGUCUGAUGAGUGUCUAUGGGAGCAUGGUAACCCUACAAACAUCUCACCAUUCUCAUCAGUGGGCCAGAAUCUAUGGCUUGGAACGGGAUCACAGCCCGAUGGUGUUGGACCAACUCAGGCUUGGUACGACGAGGACCAGUACUACGACUAUGAUGACCACAGUUGCUCUGAUGUCUGUGGCCAUUACACACAGGUUGUAUGGGCUUCUACCUACGCUGUUGGAUGUGGUCGAACCUUUUGCUCUUCAGUUUCUAACGGCUGGUCGAACGCCUAUAUCGUCACCUGUAAUUAUGGACCUGCUGGAAACUACAACGGUGUGCGCCCCUAUUUAUCUGGCAGCAGCUGCACACAGUGCGAUUCAGGCAUUGGAGAAUGUUAUGAAAAUAAAUGUAGAUUGUGUUCUGAGCACAACGAAGCCUGUGACUGCCAAGCUGUAUGCCAGAACUGCGGAACAUUGAACAAUGAUUGUACGUGUACAUGUCGAGACGGGCAUUACGGCAGCGACUGUUCAACUGUUUGUGAGGACACACAUGAAUACUGUGGCGGUAAUCCUGGCUGGCCUCUCUCCUGGUGUACCGAGGACAGGUCGUACGUGCUCACCAAUUGUCCUCUCUUCUGCGGAUUGUGCAAUGAAGCCGACCCAAGUCAGACCUGUGAUAGUUCCACAUCCACUUCAUCUCCGGCCGCGACAUCGACUUCGGGCGGUGGAGGCGAUGUAACAACCCCUGUCACGACCACGACCGAGUCAACCACGACUGAGUCAACGACGACUGAACAAACAUGUGAUACCACAUGUCAGAAUGACGGCAGUGUUGACGAGACAUCGUGUGAAUGCAACUGUCCAAGUGACUACCAAGGAGAACAAUGUGAACAACAAAAAGCCCAGGUUCGGUUUGGCGUAGUAGUACUGGUUUAUACGAGCAUAAACAGAUGGCCCGAUCUUGAAGAUAUUCUCCUGCGAAUAAUUGGAGAAAUCGUGACGUUAUGGUGCAAUGACAAUUUUGAUAUCUGCUGCUCAAACCAGGGAACACUUUCAGAAUCAUCCACAACUCUGAGCUACGUCGAUGAAACCCAUGUGACUGUUGGUGACGGGUUUCCCAGCGAAGAAACAGGGCUUUCCUUUGAUGCUUUUCGUGUCAUGCUCUUGGUGACACCACCAGAGAUAACAGAGCUUUGCUCGGCAGGAUCUGAUUCUAACUCUGCAACCAGGAGAAGAAGAUGGAUUGAUCAAGGCAAUGGGAUUUCGAAGAGAAAUGUUGACGCAUCAGAAAAUUACCUGGAUCAGGACGCGCUGUACCAGGCCGUCAGUGAGAACAUUGACACUCUGGAAGACGAACUCAACGUCACGGUCGGCGAGGUGGUCAAAGGCGAAGUCGAACCUGAUCCAGGAAACGGCGGAGGACUGGCAGCCUGGGCUAUUGCUCUCAUCGUCGUGCUCGUCCUUCUGGUUGUCGUCGCAGUACUCGGGGUUGCUGUAUACAUGACGAUGAAAGGAAAAAAGGACCAAUCAGUGUCUCCUGAAAAGAAUGCUAGCAAGGACAAGAAUGAUGAAGGAAAGUCAUCGUCAUCAUCGCAUUAACAGAGAUAUUUAAAACUGGAGGUGCUAAAGCAGCCGACCCCAUCAAUGCCUCCGAAGACACCAAUCGAAGAGAGUCAGAUGAAGAUAAACAUCCUCCACAAAAGAACAGAGGAGGACAAGUCUUGAGUAGUACAUCAUCCAGAGGGAAACCUGUAAAGCUUACUCCAAUCAAGUCGAAAUCCAGCGAAAAGGCUCCUGACAUCAAAAAAAAUAACUCCCUUCCCCCGGUGAAACGUUCACAGGCGCCACCAAAACGGAAGGGAAAGAAGAAAUGAUUAGAUAUGUUUGCUUUGGUCCUCUCUUCCUCUUCAUUCGAGGUAUCCCUCUGAAGUCACCAACUCUCUCCAUCACUCUCUAUCCCCACGUUCCCCUCCCCUCUCUUAUAUGUCCCCACUUCAUACCCCCACACCACUGGCGUAAAUCCGUGUUGAUGGGUGGGGGGAUGACUGAUAUAUUUUAGCAUUUUUUUUGCAAUCAUGUUUUUAGAUAUGCAAGGAAUUGCCAUUGAUAUGUCCACAGUGGCGUACCGUGGGUCACGGCAUUGGGGGGGGGGGGGCACCAGCAAAAUUUUUGAAUCACUGAGUGAGUGCGCUAGUGAGCGCGCUCAGUUGCCAGUUAUACUGACCUAAUAGAGACAUUUUAAGGACAAUGUCAUCGAACUGAUAUGUAUCUCACUGAUCAAAUAAUGCGAGCGCGAAGCGCGAGCCGAAAUUUUUUUAAUUUUCACACCUAAAAAGGGACAUUAUAAUCAAAUUUGUGUAAUCAUGAUAGAUACCUGUCUCGCUAAACAAUGCAAGCGCGAAGCGUGAGCUGAAAAUUUAGAUAAUUCAGACCUGAAGUGGGGCAUUCUAAGGUUUUUUUUGUAAGAAUUAACUAGGACCAUACGUAUUUUGAUAUUCAGAUCAGAAGGAACAUUUUAAGGACUGAUUUUAGGAAUUUAUGAAAAGCAGACAUAUCUCACCAAUCCACUAAUGCGAACGUAAUCACGGACAGAAAAUUGUUCAUAUAUACGAAGACCUUAACAUGGGGCAAUCGCUUUUUGAGUCGUGAAAAAGAAGCAUAUGUCACUACAUAAACAAUGAUAACUCAAGUGCUAGGAAAUAUAUUUGGUUUAUAUUGACUUGAAAACGGGAUGUUUUAGUACAACAGGAUUAUAUAUCACGUUAAACAGACAAUGCGAGCACCAGGAACAAUGAAGACGUAGGCCCUGGGCAAAUAAUGUUUAAUAAAGUUAUGAUAAAUAUGUUUCUUAUGUAAUGUAACAUAACAUAAUUAUAAUAUAAUAUAACAUUAUAAUGAAUAAUAUUUUCUUCUUUCCCACUACGUUUCUCUUCCUUUCUCCCUCUUUUCUCCCUUUUUUGGGUCAGCCGAUGGGGGGGGAUGUGCCCCCCAUGCCCCCCGUAGUUACGCCACUGUAUGUCCAUAUGGCAAAUACCCCUCCAAUAUUAUUAUCUUUUUUACCCCAUGAUGGUUUAAUGGUUUUAUUAGAGAUUACAUUAAAAAAAUUUUGACAUUCCAUCUUAAUCCCUUCCCAAAGACCCCAACAUUGAUGAAUUGGAAGAAACGGGGGUUUCUCUUCAAUGUUAUAAUAAGGAUAUAAUUAUUUCGUUUGGAAAUGGUGAACUGGCUCUUUAUUUGCAUUUUAUGAUUCAAUAAUAUUGUUUUAUUUGUUAAGCGGUAUUUUAGGAAGAAUUUUCACCAAUAAAACAAUUAUCUCUUGUGAUUUUUUUUCUUCAUUUCUUUCGUAAAAAAGGGGGGGGGGGAUGUUUGUACAGGCCAUCUCCCCCUCCUCGAAAAGUGGGGGGAUAUAUCCCCCCAUCCCCCGGGAUUUACGCCAGUGCCCCACACCUUACCCGUCAUGCAAUUCUAGGUGCACUUCACCCCCGUCUUCCUCCCUCUUCUUCCAACCUUAUGCUUUCAUUCUCCACCUCUGUAUUAUCAAUGUAUAUAAUGGAGUUAUAUUAGCUCUCAACAUAUCUCCCUCUCUCACACUUCUUGAAUACCCACCCCCUCUUUCUACUUCCCUCGCUUUCUCUUAUUGUGCAUUUUUUUACAGUCAUAACCAAUCUCUCUCUGCCUCAUUGAAUAAAUUUCGACAAUCAAAUUUUCCCAUGCAUGCACUCCCCCUCUCUCUCUCUCUUUCUAAAAACCAGUCCAUCUAUUAUCGCAUUUAUUCAUCUUCGCAGAGGCAGUAGGUGCGAACCUCUUGUAAAUAGACCACUUAUUAAAAUGAAUUAUUUCUCUCAUGUAAAUAUACCACCCAAAUACUUUAAAUGAUUUCACAAAGUGCAGAAAUAAAAGGCGAAAUGACGUUUUGUGU